CCGGAAGCGGAAGCCCGGGUCGAAAAGCCUGAAGCGAGUGGAGAAGUUGUUGGUGCUGGUGUGUCUUCAGGGCACGUGGAGUGACGGGCUCACCCCGCGGGAGUGGGAGACCGCGAGAUGGAUACCCCUCCGCUCUCAGACGCGGAAUCGGAAGAGUCCCUGGUCUCAGACCGGGAGUUGCAGGAUGCGUUUUCCCACGGACUCCUGAAGCCAGGCCUCAAUGUUGUCCUAGAGAGGCCGAAGAAGGCGGUGAAUGAUGUGAACGGUCUGAAGCAGUGUUUGGCUGAAUUCAAACGGGAUCUGGAGUGGGUUGAAAGGCUCGAUGUGACCCUGGGUCCAGUGCCGGAUGUCAGUGAACCUCAGCCUACACCCCAGAACAAGGACCAGAAGAAAGGUGUUAAUCCAGAAGACGACUUCCAGAGGGAAAUGAGUUUCUACCGCCAGGCCCAGGCCGCAGUGCUGGCUGUGCUACCCCGGCUCCAUCAGCUCCAAGUCCCCACCAAGCGACCCACUGAUUAUUUUGCAGAAAUGGCCAAGUCAGAUCAGCAGAUGCAAAAGAUCCGACAGAAGCUGCAGACUAAACAGGCUGCCAUGGAGAAAUCUGAAAAGGCCAAGCAACUUCGAGCGCUUCGGAAGUAUGGGAAGAAGGUGCAGACUGAGGUCCUUCAGAAGAGGCAGCGGGAGAAGGCACAUAUGAUGAAUGCCAUCAAGAAAUACCAGAAAGGCUUCUCUGAUAAGCUGGAUUUCCUCGAUGGGGAUCAGAAGCCUGCUGAACGUGGUGCAAAGGCAAGAGCUAAGGGCCAGCAGAUGAGUAAAGGGCCCAAUGCCAAACGACGGUACAAAAACCAGAAGUUUGGUUUUGGUGGAAAGAAGAAAGGCUCCAAGUGGAACACCCGUGAGAGCUACGACGACGUCUCCAGCUUCCGAGCCAAGGUGGCUCACGGCAAGGGCCCCAGGAAGCCUGGGAAGAAAGGGGCAAAUAAGCGGCCAGGAAAACGAACAAGACAGAAAAUGAAGAGUAAAACCCGCUGAACAGCAUUGUUUUUAUAAAGAACCAAGGAAAAGGGGAAUGUCCAGACUACAGAACACUCAGAGCUUUUGUCUUUCUUUUUGAAGAAGUUUUUUACUAAAUUAAAAUUAUGAAAGAUACUCUUGGAUCAAAAGCAGAGACUAAAAGAUUGAGAAGUUUGCAUAUUAAAGAAUAUUGCUGAUUA